CAUCCGCCCAAACGCUUCGGUGUGGCCCAGAUCAACCUAACCUACCGCGACAGACACAGACGGCCCGCGGCUUUGCCCCCUUUCUCCUCUCCCUCCCUCUCCGCUCACCCUUGCCGGUUGCCGCCACCCUCCUCUGGCUGCCGUUCCACCGGCGUCGCCGCCAGCCCGCUGAAGCCUCUUGCGCGAGGCGCGACCUUCUAGAACUUGGCCUCGAUCUCGGCCUCUUACCGCCCCGCAGCCGCGCUUCCUCCUACACCGGAGAUUUGGGUUUAUUGGUAGGCCCUCGAACCCCCUUGUGUUUCCCCUAAUUCUCGGCGGAGGAUGGAUUCCUCGCACAUGGUCAGUCACUAAUUAGCUAGCGGCCGGAAUGCUCCGUCCAUAGCUCGCUUUUAUGCAGCUGAUUUCUUUGGCUGCUGCAAUUCCGCUUACGCGCCUUUCUGUAGGCUGUAGCUCGAUAGGAAGGAAAUCUAUUUGCUCAGCUGGUACUACUCAUUCUGUGCUUGCUUGAUUCAUUGGUCUGUGGUUUACAGACGACAAUGUGCUAGGAGAACGAAUUUAGGUGGCACGCUAGUGGUGAUCCGUUGCCCUCCCUGAGAUAGCAGCCAUGUCGACGAGGAGGCAUUUUGCGAUAUUCACCACCGCAAGCCUCCCAUGGAUGACGGGAACAGCCAUCAACCCUUUGUUCCGGGCCGCUUACUUGGCAAAGGAUGGUGAUAAGGAUGUUACGCUAGUGAUCCCCUGGCUUUGUCUAAGGGACCAAGAGUUGGUUUACCCUAACAAUAUUGUAUUUGACUCGCCUUUGGAGCAUGAGAGCUAUGUUCAUCACUGGAUCGAGGAGAGGAUUGACUUCAGGCCAUCCUUCAGCAUCAAAUUCUACCCAGGAAAGUUUUCUAAAGAAAUGAGAAGCAUUCUUCCUGUUGGAGAUAUUACAGAAUGCAUUCCAGAUGAAGUUGCUGACAUUGCUGUAUUGGAAGAGCCCGAGCAUCUGAAUUGGUACCACCAUGGGCGAAGAUGGAAAAAUAAGUUCCGGCGAGUUAUAGGAAUUGUUCAUACAAAUUAUCUAGCAUAUGUAAGGAGAGAAAAGAAUGGUCAAGUUAUCGCUUGUUUCCUCAAGUAUGCUAACACUUGGGUAACUCGAAUCUAUUGCCACAAGAUUAUCAGAUUGUCAGGUGCCACCCAAGAUCUGCCCAGGUCUGUUAUAUGCAAUGUCCAUGGUGUUAAUCCAAAAUUUCUUGAGGUAGGCAAGCUAAAGUUGAGGCAGCUGCAGAAUGGGGAGAAAGCCUUCACAAAAGGGGCAUACUACAUCGGGAAGAUGGUAUGGAGCAAGGGAUACAGGGAGCUUCUUGAUCUGCUAUCCAAAUAUCAGAGCAAGUUGGUUGGUCUUGAAGUGGAUUUAUAUGGUAGCGGAGAAGAUUCUGAUGAGGUCUGUGAAUCUGCCAAACGUUUAAGUUUGUCUAUCAAUGUUCAUCCUGGUCGUGAUCAUGCAGAUCCCUUGUUCCAUGAGUACAAAGUAUUCAUCAAUCCCAGCACCACAGAUGUGGUCUGUACGACCACCGCUGAAGCGCUGGCAAUGGGGAAGAUAGUUAUAUGUGCCAAUCACUCGUCAAAUGAGUUCUUCAAGCAGUUCCCCAACUGCCGUAUCUAUGACAAUGAAGACGAAUUUGUACAACUAACACUGAAUGCUCUAUCAGAGCAGCCUGCUCCAUUGACAGACGCGCAGAGGUACGAGUUGUCAUGGGAGGCUGCGACUCAGAGAUUCAUUGAGGCUGCUGAUAUAAAUCCUCAUGUGCCGGAGUCCAGGACCCAUCAAAGCUCGAGGGCUUUGUUGCCUGCUUUUCUAAGAACUCGUAAACUGAAACAGAACUUAGAGGACGCAUCAGUUUACCUGCACCAAGCCCUCUCAGGUCUGGAAGUCACUCGCUGUGCGUUUGGUGCUGUUCCUAAGACGCUGCAGCCUGACGAGGACCUCUGUAAAGACCUUGGUUUGGCUCCUCCUGUAAAUAGGAAAAGGCUGAAAUUUAAGAUGACGUAAUGUUUGUGACUUAUACCAACUAGUACUUCAUGUUCUAGUCCAAAGGAAAAUACUAGUACUUCAUGUUUGAAAAUACUAGUACUUCAUGUUUGCGUUGCUUCGCUUCAUGUACAGCACACUGUAGACUGUUGUAGACAUUUAUAUUUUUCUUCUCAAAAGGGACAUUAACAGACAAUCCGGAGGGAUUCUUUUGACUAUUAACUACUGGAACGUGUGAACUGGAUUAGUACAUUGUAAAUUGGUCUGUUAGCUUUUAGGGCUAGGGAUUCUUUGAACAGUGCUGUAAUUCUGUGAGUCGGUUAAUGGAUCGUAAUGAACUGUGAGGUAUGAUGUACUCGCGCUGGUAGCGCUGCCAA